AUGGUUUAAUACCAACAUAUAAUUAAGUCAUAAUAUGAGUUACGCUAGAAUUAUGGAGCGUUCGGUCCGUAUUCUGGGAUUAUUAGUUUGAGAAUAUAAAAGGUUGGAUGUGGGCCUUAUGCCCUAAGGCUCGACAUAGUCAGUAAUGAAGAAGCAAAAUGUUCGCACCUUAUCGUUAAUUGUGUGCACAUUUACUUACCUACUGGUCGGUGCUGCCGUUUUUGAUGCACUCGAGUCUACGACUGAGAGGAACAGAUUUGAAGUUCUACAAGCAAUCGAAGCUAUGAUAAUAAGGAAGUACAAUAUAACGGAGGAAGAUUUCCGCGUAAUGGAGACGGUGGUACUCAAGUCGGAGCCUCACAAAGCCGGUCAGCAGUGGAAGUUCACCGGAGCUUUCUAUUAUGCUACCACUGUGCUUACUACUAUCGGUUAUGGACACUCAACCCCAGCGACAAUAGGUGGCAAGUUGUUUACUAUGUUCUACGCGAUAGUGGGGAUACCACUCGGCCUGAUAAUGUUCCAGAGUAUUGGUGAACGAGUCAAUAGACUUAGCAGUGUGAUAAUAAAAUCUUUAAAACGUGCGAUGAAUUGCAAACAGACAAGUGCUUCAGAGGUGGAUCUCAUAUGUGUAGUGACUACUCUAUCGUCUCUGACUAUAGCGGGGGGUGCGGCUGCCUUUUCUAAAUUUGAGGGAUGGAGCUACUUCGACAGUGUCUAUUAUUGUUUUAUCACUUUGACUACUAUAGGUUUCGGAGAUAUGGUAGCAUUACAAAAAGACAACGCAUUGAACCGAAAGCCUUCAUACGUGAUGUUCGCGCUAAUAUUUAUAUUGUUCGGAUUAGCUAUAGUGGCCGCUUGUCUCAACUUGUUGGUACUAAGGUUUGUGACUAUGAACACUGAGGACGAAAAGCGUGAUCAGCAACAGGCUGAACAGGCUCAACAAGUAGCAGUGAGGUUAGAAGGCGACGUGAUAACCGCGGACGGGGCGGUACUAAGGGGUGUGGCGAGGGGUACGAGACUACCAGCCCCAUCCAGACUGGUUCACCCCGGUGAUACAUCAAUGGUUCCUUUAUAUGUAGACGAGGAAUAUCCUCCAAGUGUAUGCAGUUGUUCGUGUAGCUGUUUUGGACCAAACAAAUCAAUACCCUACAGAGAUCCUCUAUCGCCGGUACCGCCGACGAACAUAAAACAAAUCAAAGCGAAAAACUACCGAGAACUGGGCAAUAUGCCGCGUUACAUAGAAAAAUCAUCGUCUAAAAAUCGUUCCCAAUCUUUGAGACUUAACUCAGCGUCCGGCUACUUGUAUAUGAACGCAAGGACAAACGACUUUCAAUUGGAUCCCGAAGAUUUUCGAGAGAUAGUCGCUAAAAGACGAGAACAACUCCGCAAAGGUAUGGCUAAUUAUGAAAUAUCGAACGAUCAGUAUCUAAACCCUUACAGAAACAGCUUUAACAGACACGAAGCAAGUCCACACAGCUCGUCUCUAUAUUCCAUGAACAUCCGUUCGGAUAAUAGAAGCAACGAUCCACUUGUUGAUGACUACGAUUCAGAGAAAUCUAGCUAUGCAAAGAAAAAACUGAUGAAAAAUAUCGCUAGAAACACUAGCGCCACGAACAGAAGAGUGGAGAACUACUUUUACGAUGACGCAGUGUUACAUUUUGAUGAUGAAUACGCGUUCGAUGGGUCGAUAUUGUUCGCGAAAAGAAGAAAAUCGAUAGAUGGGACGUGGGAUGAGGGUCUGGCGGGGUUUAUAAGGGCUGGAGAUUUUCAAUCUCAGUUGUCAAAUGAUGGUAGCUUCGGAUACUAUCUACCUGAUGAUGACCAGCAAUACUUUGUCAACGAUACCCUCACUUUCAACCUGCCUCCCCACCGCGCGAGUAUAUAGUGAAUAGUUUAAAAGGGCCAAUUAAUAUAAAUAAAGACUUUUGCAGUUCUAGCUUUUACACUUAGGUGGGUAGAUGCAAUUUUUUUUUUCGAAUUUACGGCUUAGCUUCUUGUAGAUAUUGUAAUAUGCGUUGUUUUUAGGGUCUUUUCACACACGAUUUUUAUCUCAGAUAAUAGUUUAAAUUGUUAGUUUUCUCAGGUUAAGUAAAUUUCAAUCGAAGUGCCAUUUAAUAACUGUUUACAGAGUUAACUAGGUAUUAAUGUCGAAAACAAAUUGUUAAUGAUAUAAGAUUUUUGUAAAAAAAAAAGAAACUAAAAUGGCGGUAUUCCUAAAUUAAACGUCAUCCCAAAAAAGUAUUUUUAAUCGUAAGUAAUUUAAAAUAUCACGGUGCUUCGCUCACAAAUCUUUAUAAACUCUCACUUAUUUCUCAUACUUUACGUUGUAAUUUUCAUGAUUUUUUUUUUAUAUCUAUGAUACAGAUAAAAUAUUGUCACAAAGAUGUC